AACACUAACAAUCGUUCCGCUUCUUUUCUUGUCUAAGUCUUCCCUCAUCCCAGAGAGAGAGAGAGAGAGAGAGAUGUGUUCUCUGGAGAAGCGCGGCCGGAUUUGGAUCCUCACGCUCGGUGGUGACGACGAGCACCGCCUGAGCCCCGACGUCCUGGACUCUAUCAAAUCCGCCCUCGACCGGAUUCGAUCGGAAUCCUCUUCGGGCUCUGCGCUCGUCACCACCAGCACCGGCAAGUUCUUCUCCAAUGGAUUCGACCUCGCCUGGGCGCGUUCGGGGCCGUCGUCUGCCGCCUCCUUUCAGCAACGCCUCAACCUCAUGGUCGACAAGCACCGAUCCAUCGUCGCCUCCCUGGUUUCCCUCCCGAUGCCGACGAUCGCCGCCAUCACCGGCCACGCCGCGGCCGGCGCCUUCAUGCUGGCGCUCGCCCACGACUACAUCGUGAUGCGGAGGGACCGAGGAUUCCUUUACAUGAGCGAGCUCGACAUCGGGCUUCCGUUCGUAGACUACAUGAUGGCGCUUAUCCGGGCGAAGUCGCCGUCUCCGGCCGUGCUCCGGGACAUCGUCCUUCGGUCACGGCGGUUCACCGCCGGAGAGGCCUUGGAUGCAAGGAUCAUUCAGGUUGCCGCGGCGGACUCCGGUGAGGCUGUGGCGGAGGCGGUCCGGCUGGCAGAAGAUCUGGCGGGACGGGGUUGGGACGGGAAGGUAUACGCGUCAAUCCGGACGGCGGCGUUCCCGGAGCUCGCUGGAGGCUUAGGGCUGGUGAUCGGCAUCGCGAAGAAAACAACUUCAAGGCUUUGAUAAUGGGAUCAAUGGUUGCCGUUUGUCUUUAUAGCCACAAAACUCUCUUGCGAACACAAGGUAAUGCCGAUUUUUCUGAAGAAUAAUACUUAUCGGUGAAAUGGCUACAUGUAUUUUUGGCAAAUAAUUUAGGGGCCGUUUGAUGGCCUUAUUUCUGGAAAUAUAUUUCUGGAAAUAUAAGAAAUGGAAAAAUGAAAUGAGAAAAAUAUUUCCAAUUCCAAUUUUGGUGUGUGUGUGAUGACUCAGAAAUAUAUUUCCGAUUCUAUA